GGGUAGCUUUGUACUGGAUUUACACGGGAAGAAGAGAGAGCCUCCGGAAAUACCGCAAUAGCUCACAUGACUGGGGCUACGUCUGAGAGGGUGUGGGGUGGCAGGUAAGGGGAAUCGUAAUAGAUAAGUCUUCAGAUCCACGACGGUACGAAAUAAUUGUAUGUUCGCAUAUGUCAUCAUACCCCUGUUGGAUCGCCUGAGCAGAUUCAGGUUCAUGUCAGCCCCAGAUCAGGCUGAGACUGACAUUAGUGGGCAGUAGAACAGAUAUCGCCGCAUUGAGCAAAUACACGUCAUACUCCCAGUACUAAAAUGCUGCAAAGUGAUUCUCAAUGCGACAGACGAGAUAUCCGUCCGAUCAUGUGGCAGCUGCUGUACUUGAAGACCACAAGGAGAGGGGGCGAACAAAAGCCACGAGAAAGGUCACCAGGGAGCCUCGCCGGCAAGUCGAGACCGAUGUAAGAGUAAGAGAAAUAGAGCAAGAUCAUCGGAUGAGCGGAUGCAUAGCAGGCGUAUGACCCAAUUCACGGACAACCGGGCUGAAACACGAGCGCUAGUCCGGAAUCGGGUAUAAAACGGACCAUAGCAUUGAGGAGUAGAGUGAAGGCUGGCAAGAAGGUAGCAGGCCAGAUACAAUAGUGCGAGAAGACGGACUCGUCAGGAACGAAGGUUUGCGAAGGGAAGGCUGAGAGCAGAAGUGGUAUAAAAAUAGAAAAGUGCACGGUCAAGAGCGACUGUGCUUCCGAUGCCACCCUUCACAGCGUUACCGCACUGGGCUGGGAAUGACACAGUCACAUCUCUAUGGUGUUAACAGUGCCAUCUGCAUUUGAGAGGAUACUUAUCCGGUGUAAUUUCCGAAAGCUCGUGCCAUAAAGAGGCUAGGUUAAGCAAGGAUCUUAUGCCCACGAGUUUGCUGCAUGACGUCGGCGGUGCCAUCCAACACAUUCGUGCUUAAUCCAAGUCAGUAUUCUGAUAGACAUAUGUUCCGGUGACCUUGAACAUAGAAGUGAGUGUUCCUUAGUACCUUGAUCUUUACCGUACUCGCCAACCUC